AUUUUUUCCAAAGGCAGCAAAAAUGUCUGCAGAAAUGGACCUGUCUCCCCCAGAAGUCCCUGAACCAACUUUUCUCGAGAGCCUCCUGCGCUAUGGCCUCUUUCUUGGUGCCAUCUUUCAGCUCAUCUGCAUCCUGGCAAUCAUUGUGCCCACCUCGAAAGGGCACGAAAAGGAGGAGACUGAAUCCACCAACGGCAAGGCAGCAGAUCAUACGAAGAAACCCAAAGGAGCAGCGCCUCAAAUUAGACCGAAAUCCAAGAAGGAGAGCAAAAAGAAGCGAUAGCUCUGCAUUGCCACGAAAGUGUGUUUCAUAUUUUAAUCCCUAUUGCUCUUCAAUGUCACUCCAAGUGCAUGAGACACUGCGGUUACCAGUAUUGACAUUCUGUUUCGUCUGUGUCUACAACCACAGUUUUUGUCAUUUUUCAAUAACUGCUAUUCAUUUUUUAAAAUAAACGUUGCAAUUAAAUGCAUAGAGUGACCAUCAGA